UGGUGUGGAAAGACACGUGCUGGGAAAACGGCCUCUCCUUUCUGCUGAGGCCCCAGGGCUUCUAUCCCGCUUGCCUGUUAGCUGAAGAGGCAGCGGCUCAGAUCCUGGCGGAUCACCAUGUGGGCCUUCCCGGAGUUGCCGCUGCUGGUGAACUUAAUUGGUUCGCUGCUAGGAUUCCUGGCCACGCUCACCCUCAUUCCUGCCUUCCGUAGCCACUUCAUCGCCGCACGCCUCUGUGGCCUGGACGUCAACAAACCCAGCCGGCCGCAGAUCCCAGAAUCUCAGGGAGUGAUCAGCGGUGCUGUUUUCCUUAUCAUCCUCUUCUGCUUCAUCCCUUUCCCUUUUCUGAAUUGCUUUGUGGAGGAGCGAUGUAAGACCUUCCCCCACCAUGAAUUUGUGGCCCUGAUAGGUGCCCUCCUUGCUAUCUGCUGCAUGAUCUUCCUGGGCUUUGCGGAUGAUGUUCUGAAUCUACGCUGGCGCCAUAAACUGCUGCUGCCCACAGCUGCCUCACUACCACUCCUCAUGGUCUAUUUCACCAACUUUGGCAACACGACCAUUGUGGUACCUAAGCCCUUCCGCCCACUUCUUGGUCUGCACCUGGACUUGGGGAUCCUGUACUAUGUGUACAUGGGGCUUCUGGCAGUGUUCUGUACCAAUGCCAUCAAUAUCCUAGCAGGAAUUAAUGGACUAGAGGCUGGCCAGUCACUAGUCAUUUCUGCGUCUAUCGUUGUCUUCAACCUGGUGGAAUUGGAUGGUGAAUAUCGGGAUGACCAUGUCUUUUCCCUGUACUUCAUGAUACCCUUUUUUUUCACCACUUUGGGACUGCUGUACCAUAACUGGUACCCAUCACGGGUGUUCGUAGGCGAUACCUUCUGUUACUUUGCUGGAAUGACCUUUGCCGUGGUGGGCAUCUUGGGACACUUCAGCAAGACCAUGCUACUCUUCUUCAUGCCCCAGGUGGUCAACUUCCUGUACUCACUGCCUCAGCUCCUGCAUAUCAUCCCCUGUCCUCGCCACCGUAUGCCCAGACUCAAUACCAAGACAGGCAAACUGGAGAUGAGCUACUUCAAGUUCAAGACCAAGAGCCUCUCUUUCUUGGGCACCUUUAUUCUAAAGGUAAUAGGCAGAGAGUCUCCGGCUAGUGACGAUGCACCAGACUGAGAGUGAGGAUGGUACCUUCACUGAGUGUAACAACAUGACCCUCAUCAACUUGCUGCUCAAAGUCUUUGGGCCCACACAUGAACGAAAUCUCACAUUGCUCCUGCUGUUGCUGCAGGUGAGGUUGGGGAUGAGUUCUACAUCUUGUCUCACUUUCUCCAUGCUCCUCACUCCAGUCCAUUUCUCCUUGCAGAUCCUGGGCAGUGCUGUCACCUUCUCCAUUCGGUACCAGCUUGUCCGACUCUUCUAUGAUGUCUGAGUCCCCUGAUUAUUGCCCUCUAUCUGCAGUCUCCAGAGUUCCUGACUCAGGAUGAGAUCUUUCUGGACCAAGGCUCUGUCUUGCCCUUCAUUCUACAUAUUUGUUCUUAGCAUUUCUCUUCCCUUGGACCACUGACAGGCUGGGCUAGUCUUGCCCUCAUAAUGACUAUUUUUUUGAGGUUUGCUUGUGGCUUUCAUCAACUUGCCACUCUUCAUCCUAUCUUUGCAGCCUCUUGGGAUAGGUAGGAUAUGGCACCUUUUAAGCAAUUAUCUACAAAUCAACUUUCAGGGUCGUGAUAACCAAGGAAUUUGCUGGGCCUUGGCAUAGAACCUG